UACGUCAUGGAAAGCCAGUCUUUUCAAUGCAAACUUCAACUCCUCCUCCUCCUCCCUCUAAUGCCUGUAACUCACAUCCGAGGCUGUGCGAGGAAUCCGGAGGGGAGAUUUUCCUCAUGCUCACGGUUGUUGGAAACUGGAAGAGUGAGAGGAAGGAGGAAGGGGAUUUGUGGCGCUCUCUACCUACUACAAGACUGACAAGGGGAGGGGGCACCUAAAUUUGCAUCUUUUCUUCGUGGUGAUUGAGAACUGCAGGUUCAAACCGAUCCCACUGAGCACUGGCGAUUGAUUAUAAAAAAAAAAAUCGACCCUGGGAGAAGGGAGGCUCUGUCUUCGGCUGUCAGACUCAAUCUCGGAGGUGGUAUUGGUGUGUGAGUGUGUGUGGUGGUGGUUUUUUUUCUUUUUUCUUUCUUUCUUUCCUUUUUUUUUUUUUUCCUUUUCUCCUAGGGGCUACACAAUGGCAGUCUUCUCUCAGUAAGAUGAAUCCUGCUUUGCCUUCUGCAGAUCCACCCAUCCUCAUAGCGAUCAAGUAAAAAGGCUAUGGUUUUCUCUUUGGGGAUCUUUUGUGCAUUACUGUUCUCCCUGAUUAGUUUUGAUCUCAGUUGGGAUUUCUUUGCUUUUUUGUUUGGCUUCAUGCUGAAAAAGGAUUUUUUUUCCAACCUUUUGGUAAUAAUCCGGUGGUGAUCGAGGGGGGAUAAAUCAUUCACCCUGGCCGAAAAAAAACAAUCACUGAGAAGUCUCAAAGAAAUAUACCACGUGAGGGGAAAAAACUGGGAGAAGAUCCGGAAUAUUAUCGUUUUUCCUAUGGUAAAACCGGUGCCCCUCUUCAGGAGAACUGAUUUCAAAUUAUUAUUAUGCAACCACAAGGAUCUCUUCUUUCUCAGGGUGUCUAAGCUGCUGGAUUGCUUUUCGCCCAAAUCAAUGUGGUUUCUUUGGAACAUUUUCAGCAAAGGAACGCAUAUGCUGCAGUGUCUUUGUGGCAAGAGUCUUAAGAAAAACAAGAACCCAACUGAUCCCCAGCUCAAGGGUAUAGUGACCAGGUUAUAUUGCAGGCAAGGCUACUACUUGCAAAUGCACCCUGAUGGAGCUCUCGAUGGAACCAAGGAUGACAGCACUAAUUCUACGCUCUUCAACCUCAUACCAGUGGGACUGCGUGUUGUUGCCAUCCAGGGCGUGAAAACAGGCUUGUAUAUAGCCAUGAAUGGAGAAGGUUACCUCUACCCAUCAGAACUUUUUACACCUGAAUGCAAGUUUAAAGAAUCUGUUUUUGAAAAUUAUUAUGUAAUCUACUCCUCCAUGCUGUACAGACAACAGGAAUCUGGUAGAGCCUGGUUUUUGGGAUUAAAUAAGGAAGGGCAAGCUAUGAAAGGAAACAGAGUGAAGAAAACCAAACCAGCAGCUCAUUUUCUACCCAAGCCAUUGGAAGUUGCCAUGUACCGAGAACCAUCUUUGCAUGAUGUUGGGGAAACAGUCCCGAAGCCCGGGGUGACGCCAAGUAAAAGCACAAGUGCAUCUGCAAUAAUGAAUGGAGGCAAACCAGUCAACAAGAGUAAGACGACAUAGCCAGAUCCUCACAGGUGUUGUGACUUACUUGUCCUGAGCACAGUUGAGUGAUUUAUCCUCACCAGACAUUCCUGCUCUGUGGCUGAAGAGCAGCUGGAAGUAAGCUAACGCUUGCUCUUUGCUGUCUCUGAACUUCUCUGUUGCAAGUGGAUAAAUCUCAACCUGUUGCGCCCCCCCACAACAAGAAGACACCUGGAUAACCAGCUAAACUCAGACCAUGGAAUGCCCUACCAGAUAUGGAAUGCCUUUUUAAUAUCUUUUCUGUGACUGUGACACUUCAUGUGAAUGACAUACUUCACAAGUACACUCGAUACCUUGCCUGCUGACAGCUACCCAUAAUCCUUUUUGAGUCCUGUUUCAGCGAAAUCUAUGUGUUUAAGUUCAAUUUUGUAGCACACAAAUAAUAUUGAGUAAUUUCUAGUUAGACGCUGUAAACCUGUGCUAUUAUGGAUUUCUCUUCUUCCCAUUUUUACAGGGCUGCUCGCUCCACUGUCUGUGACCUUUUUGCAGGGAUUGUGUUCCUCUAAAUCUUAAAUGUUGCAGUUGGCUUAGUUCAGAGAGCAAUCAGGGAAUCAGGAAGCCUUCUAAACCUAUUAUUACAAAUCGCAUCUAUCAAGAUUAAGAUUGUUGUCUCUGGCUCACACUAUAGAUUAAACACACAUAUACGCUCUAUCCAGUAGCAGAUACUGUGCUCCCAAGGUCGGCGUUGCCUGGGUGGGAAAUGGCUCAAACACAAUCCAGGGAAGCUCUCUAUGAUGUGUGUUUGACAUCCCCCUCUAGUUUCUUUGUGUGUGUGUGUUUUAUACAUAUCACAAGCUUACUGGUAAUGGUAACAUUUGCCUUGCCCAGCGAGCAAGACCCACUGGUUUUUGAGAAAGUGGGUCCAAAGAUUUCUGUAGGCCUUGUAGGCCUGAUUAAGGUUCAUUUUUCAUCAUCUAUUAAUUCUCAUUAUUUGGAAAAAAAAAAAAAAAGAAAAAUCAAUAAUUACAACCUACAAGAAUUGCGCUACCUAAAUCCAUUUCAGAUAUACUCCGUCCUGUUUUUAAUGAACCAAACUUAACGCCAUCCCCGUUUCUGGCUGCGUCCCCCUCAUACUCAGCAGAGCAUGGGCAAGACGGCUGUUGUGUUCUUUCCUGCAGCAGCAAUGCAAACGUUAGUUAUAAAUUAGACUUUAAUAUUUUUGGUGUUUAAUGACAAGUUUUUAAACUGGACAUAUUAGGAAAAAAUAUUUUUUUUAGCUCAGCAUGCUGAGUCUGGUACUGUGUAUUUCACCAGUACAUGCCUCUAACUCAGCACUUGGGGCCCAUGCUGCCCAGUGGCUGGGUUAGAGGUGCCUUGCCAUGAUCUCAGAAUACAGUCUGUUGAAUUAUCCUAGAUGAAAAUAAAGGCAAACCAACAUAUUCAUCCAUUAGGAUUUUGGUCCAUUCUGUUUAUUAAUUACCUUUUGUUAUAUUUUGCAUUAUUAAUAAUUUCCUUUUUAAUUUAAUACUGUUUGAACUCUGAGCUUAGGUAAGACUACUACCAAGAAAGGCCAGGGACAGUUGACUACACAGUGAAGAGUCCAUGCAAAACGUUCAAUAUUGGAUCUAAAGGGUUUCAAAAUGUUUCAUACCAAACUGUUUGGGAAUAUAUCUGUUAACUCUCUGUACACCUAAUAAAAUUCAAUGUUUCUCAGAAGAGUUCAUUGAGACCAAACUGAACCUCAUUUAUUGAAAAUUAUAUGUAGGAUCAAUGUACUGGCCUCUUGUUAUUCUUUCUCUGUGGGAGGAUGACCCGGUUGUCAUUUUCCCCAUCUGCACUGUAUUUAUUGGGAAAUUAUUUUGUCACUGCUUUCAUAAAUCUUCAUGACAGCCCUUGCCCAGCAUUAAAAAAUUCUGGCCUGCUUAGCUGAUUAAAGGUUUAGUAUAAAUUUAACUGUUUAUGCUUAUUUCAUUUUCAUAUUGGAUUCUACUUGAAUAAAUAAAAAGUUAGCAGAACGUUUGAGUAGAUUUAUUGUCAAUGAUGCUAAAUUACAAAUAUGAAAAAAAUUAUUCCUUUGGUCAUUUCUGAUUUGGUGUUAUGUCAUUUUGAAGGCUAUUGUUUUUAACGUGAUCAGUUAAAAUACAUUAGAUAAAUUCUGUUAACCAAUUAUUUUCAGAAAACAUAUACCCCAUAAUAUGUGGCAAACAAUGAGCACUUUUUAACUUGUAAUCCAAUCAAAUGGGCUUAAUAGACACUACUUACAGCAUCUCUCACACACACACACACACACACACACACACACACACACACACACAGAGCAAACAACCCCAUCUAUUUGUUAUUGAUAAUCAGCCCUACUUGCUGGUUUCUUUUUCCCCUGCAAGUCUGUUUAUUGUUUUAAAUUAAGACAAGAUUUAUUUUUGUAAAUGACUGAGAUUUAUGUAAAUGUGUACCUCUGUUGUGUUUUAUAUAUGGGGUGUCUAUAAGGGCAUUUAUCCCUAUGAAGGAUGUCAAAUACUUUCUUCUAAUAUAUGUUUAGACAUUUUGCAGAGGGGUCCUUGUUAUCUGUAAUUUAGUUAGGUCAUUUACUUUGUGUCUGGUCUCACCUGUUGCAUGGGAAGAGGGCAGCACUGAUGAACUGCAUGUAGUAGGUACCUGUGUAUCAAGAACUGUUGGUAUGUAUUGCUAAUUUGCAUACAAAGAGUUUGUCUGCAUUGUACAGUUUUUGUGUUUAAUAUCAUUUGUUGUAUUCACAAAUACAACAUAUUGAAUAAACUAUAUGAAGGCAUAUUAAACAACAUCAAACAACUUUAUGUAACAAAAUGGCAUUGCAUCACCCACCAAUAUAUAGAAAUGUCAUGUAAAUAAGUUGGUAAACUCAAUUUUCCCCUUUACCAUGCCAAAGAAAAUUUUAGCUCUUUGAUGAUACCUCUCUUGCUAUUUGUUUGGGAUAAGACUUCACCACUUUUUUCCUUCAGAAAUUAAGUUUGCUGUUAUUAAGUAAGUGCAAUCUGUCACUACUGAUGUUCCGUAUAGUAAAUCUGAUGGAAUUCAUUUGUAUCUAAAGACCGUGUGUUUUGUACCUCCAUGUGCAUAUGUCCAUUGUAUCAAGUCUCUAGAAGACUCCAUUCCUUCUGCAUGCAUAUCUAGUGUGGGAGGGUUAGUUCUACUGAUUUGUUAGAGUAGCCGAUUGCUCUGCCAAUCCCUCAACAAUGCUCGGAAAUGUUGUUUUGAUAUUUCAAGUGACAACAGUUUUGUUUUCUAAUAAGAUUGCUUUUUAAAACAUUUUGCUACCACUUUACUUGGAAAAAUUAGAGAAGACAUGCAAGUUCUCCACCCUGUGUAAGGAGCAAAAUGGAACUGAGUAUUAUUUCAUUACAAAUCCUGAAGAAUUCGGAGAUUCUUGCCCUAAAUGUUGGCUUGUCCUGAAUGGUUUUGGGUAGGGGUGAUUUAAAGAGAUCCACGAUGGGGCCAAAUGACUCCUGCUCCAGUUCUUCUAGUAGUUUGCCUCUUAGGGAGCAAGCAGAGUUUCUUUAUCUUACCUGGCCACUUACUUAGUUAAUAUUUUAAGCACCAAAAGAGUUCCUUUUAUCAGGAUGAACAGUAUCAGAUUUGGUUCUCUUUAAAAACCAAAAACUUCUUAUUUUUUAAGUUAGACAUCUAUCACUUCAUUUAAAAUUAUCUACCUAAUAUUAGAGAUAAUUAGCAUUUGAUACAUAUUCAAGAAGAGACCACAUUGACUAACAUCCAGUUUAGAAAGAAGAUGAAAAUAAUUGAAAAUUAUUUUCAAUUUUAAUUCAGUACAAGGCUAUAUCAAGAGAAACCUAUUGGGCUAAAUCCUCAAUUAUUUUCCAAACUGCAGGCAUGUCAAAAUCCAGGAUGUACAUUGUGUUACUUUGAGUGAAAUAUAAGUCAUAGCUUAGGUUUCUUAGCCUGCAAUGUGAAACUCUUGACUAUCUUGAAUAUUGAGUAGGAUUUCAAAGUGUUGAUGAUAUUUGAGUCUGCAAACUAAGGAUGAGUUAUAUUUUAGUUUUGUUUUUUUCUUGAUUUUCACAAAGUCUAAUUCCAAUGUCUACUGGCAGAGAUUAUAUUUGCAUUUGAGGUGGUGGAGGACAUUCCUUCCAAAGUGCUACUGGAAUCCAGAUAAACUCAAGGAGCCCGGAAAGGCAAUGGGUAUAAUGUCUCUCCUCUUAUGUCUUUGCACUUUAGUUGACUUUUUUUGGAAAAGUCCCCGGGUGGACUUUCUCAAUGGUGAUUUGCUAAACAAGCAGGGUUAGUGUCAAUACUUUCUGUAAACUUGUUGCAUCCCUUCCAAUUGACGUGAAUCCCACUGCAACCUCCUCAAACCAGAAUGAGCCAAUCAGAUUUGCUUAUUUUCUCCCACCUGUUAUAAGUUUGUUCUUGCCCUGCUUGCUUUUUAGAGGGAGUUUCUAUCAUAGAGUUGGAAAAGUACAAAAUCAUAUUUUAGAAGAAAAAAGUUUGUCUUUACAUGUAAUUAUUUUUUCCAAUCUAAAUUCAAUCACUUCUUAAUAGAUAUAUUGGUGUUUGCAUUGCUGGCAUCAAAACCACACACACACACACACACACACACACACACA